AUGACAAAUUUGGAAAUAUUUGUAACAUCACCAGCAAGAAGGAAUGUCACUUAUAAAUGUCGCAUAACACGUGAUAAGAAAGGUUUUCCUUUUGGCUGCACGAAAACGAAAAAAAGUACCACAGCGAAUUAUUUAAUUUCCAUUGAUCCAACCGAUUUGAGACGUUAUGGUAAUUCUUUCAUCGGAAAAGUUCGAUCAAAUGCUUUGGGGACACAAUUUACUGUAUACGAUAAUGGUGAAAAUCCAAAGAAAUCCUGGGUUAUUGGUGGAUCGGUAAGGCAAGAACUUGCAGCUGUCAUUUAUGAUACUAAUGUUCUUGGUUUUAAAGGUCCACGUAAAAUGACUGUUUUGAUACCUGGUAUUUGUGAUGCUGAAAAUUAUCGACGUCAAGAAAUUCGUCCAUUACUAGAACAAGAAUGCAUUCUGGAGAGGUGGAAAAAUCGAAAAGCAGACGAUUUAAUCGCUAUGCAUAAUAAAACACCUAUUUGGAAUGAAGAUACUCAAUCAUAUGCUCUGAAUUUUCACGGUCGCGUUACUCAACCAUCAGUGAAAAAUUUUCAAAUCAUUCAUGAUGCUGAUCCUAAAUAUAUCGUAAUGCAGUUUGGUCGAACUGGUUACGAUGCAUUUACGAUGGAUUUUCGUUAUCCAUUAUCAGCAUUACAAGCUUUCGGUAUCGCUAUGACCAGUUUUCAUGGGAAAAUUGCUUGUGAAUAA